UUGGAUCCAGCAUAUAAACUUUGAAGAAAAGUAAGAUGAGUGUGCGAGUUUCAGAGUAUUCUCACGUUCUGAGCACGUGGGAAGUUUAUCCCCGUGUGCAUUAUUUCCAGAAACGCUUAAGAGAUCUCUUCAAAAGAUUUGGCAACAUAACAAAUAAGGGGCCAUACUCGAAGCUCUUCAGAAAUCUAGACCUGAUAAAUGAGCUUGAGGAUUUGUGCAGUGAUUUCGAGAAUUCACUCCAGGUGGUUGUCAUUGGUAAGGACAACCUUGGGUUGAAUGAUAUCAUCAUUACUGCAGAACCGCUACAGCGAAAGGCAGAUGAGGUAUUAUUGACAAAAACCGGAGCUAACUUUCCUGGAAUGACAGUAGUUAUAUGUUAUGCAAAGAUACAUGAUACCGACAGAGAAGGAUUUGAGAACGCAAUGGAGACGGUUGAUCAUUUCAUGUCUAACAUGAAUAAAAAGAAGCCUAGUUUAGUGAAUGAUAUGUUCAUUGUAUGUGAAACAAGUGCAACGAAACUGGUAAACAAAGCCGAACAGUUCUGCAAUGAUAUCCUGUCAAGCGUAAAAAAAUGCUAUGAUGUCAAGCUAUCCUCGGAAAGAGUCUUAUUAGGACUUGAUGGACUUGGUGGCCAAUUGCUCAGCAGCAAGAUAUCUGUAAUGAUAGAAACAAAAAUCGUCCUUGGAUUGAUAAAGGCCGAUGCCCACUUGCAAAAAUUUGUUAGAGAAAAAAGUCGUAAUAAGGCUGGCGCUUUUGAUGUAUUAGAAACAGAACAGUAUUUAUGUGCAGUACAAGGAUUUUUGAAAAAUGGAUUGGGAUUUGUAGACAUGCUAGAGAACAAAGAAAGCGAUCCAUUUAUUGAAAUUCUUCUUGACAACCUCACACGCGUUCUUAGAUGUGCGAUUCUAGACCCGUUGUCUUCGAAAUAUAACAUGUCACAGGAUGCUUGCAACCGACUCGCCCAGGAGAUGAACCUUGAAGAUGCGCUUAGAAAGAGCAUUUCAAAAAACACGCGCUACCAUCUUAGUAAACUAGAACAGCAUUGUCGAGAUAUGGUUAAAGCGACGAAAGAGAAAAACAAGUGGUACAAGUUUCCUUGCAGGAACUUUAUGUUUAUCGUAUAUCCUUUACGGGACGAUAUUAGGAAAGCAGUUCUUCUCUUCGAAGAAAGUCUAAGCUCUGUCCAGCGUAGUGCAGCUGUAAUGAAAAAGAUGAUGUUUGAGAUCGACGGAUAUAUUCGACAAUCAAUAGUUGAGCCGAAAAAUAUUAAGAGGGGAGAGAAAAAGGCGACAAUUUCGGAGACAUUGCGGCGGAAACUAUUAAAGAUUGAUGGUGUUUUUGGGGUUGGUACGCUCUACGGUGGGUUAGAGAUCCACAUCGAUAAGCAGCAGAGAAAUCUUGGCAAAGUUCAAAAUGAUAUCACAGAACUUCUGGAUCAAUCUAAAAUGUAUCGACCAUAUCGACUGAGGGAAGUAGUAAAGAAGCCAGCUGAGUUAGUAGGUUGGCAGUGUGAAAAUGGAAGCAACAUCGAAAGUCCUUCACCGAAUAACGGCAGAGUUCGGAAAGGGACGUUAGGGGGCUUUGCCAAUAGCAAAGACAACCAACUAUAUGGGCUUACAUGUGCACAUGUUGUUCAAGGAAAUGGAAAUGAGCAUGAUGUGUUUAUAACCAAUGGCUCAUCAGAAAAGCACCUGUUUGCCAAAAGCAAACCUGAAAUGACUGUCUGUUUUGGAAGAAGUCAACACACGUUUAUUGAUUUUGCAGCUGUGAAAGUUAUCGAUAAUGUGCGCCACAAAUGUAUUCGGUUCCUAAAAGAUGAUGACGGUAUUGAACGGAGGCCAACACUUACCAAUGAAACCCCCAACGAUCUUGUUGGACGACACGUUUACAAAUAUGGCGCCACAACACAUUUGACCAGUGGCAUCGUUUGCUCGGUGGACUACAGUGUGUUUGAAGCGCCUGAUGCCAAAGAUUAUAUUGUACUCAUUGACACUUCUCCAGGCAGUGAAAAUGAGUUUUACGCGAGAGAAGGAGAUAGCGGUUCCAUAAACUGCAUGACAGACUUUGAAAACAACGACAUCAAAAUAGAAGCCGUUUCAAUGAUCAGUGCUGGUAAUUUUGAAUUAGAAGGGUUAGAUGAUUCUGUAUGCUUAUCAUUCCUUCUGAGCAAAGGUAUUGAAAACUUGAGAGAGUUUUCUGGCGGAAUAGAACUCUCGAUGCCUACAGAAUGCCUAUGAUGGAGGCUAAAAAAGCAAAAGAUGAUACAUGGUGGAUACGAACAGUUUUAAAAGGGUUAGGUUACCUGUUUGUUGGUAUUAUAUUGAAAGAUAGACCAGCGUCAAUAGUCUCACGACAUUGGUCUCAUGACUUCUUUUUAGGAAUAGUCUGAUAGAUGUUCGCCACAAAUGAUCAGAAAUAAUCAUUGCAUAGACAUGAUUCAUGUUUUUUUUUCGUUUAACUGCGUUAAAAUGAGCUAUAACUAACAAUAUGAAAUCCUUUAAAACACGACUUCUGAUGAAAAUCGGAAAACUUUAUACGCCUUUUUAAAAGACCACUUGAUUGAUGAUUACUAAACGAUGUCUGAGCAUCUUUGUAUGGAUCUUUCUCAAAAACAUAAAACACCAUGUACAUGAAGUGAUAAAUAGAUGUACGGCAAACUUCUUCGUAAUUCCAGCUACAGAGUCUUACAUUUCUAAAUUUGUUCAAAUAGCUCUGUUUGAUUACAAGAGCCAGAAAAGAAAAAUUUAAUUACUUUUUAUGGUAGGAACAUGUAGUAAAUUAAUGUUAUUUUAUAUUAAAUUUUCGCGUAAACAAGUUCAGAUGUUUUGUUUGCAUGUACAUAUCAUGGCCCACCGUCUACAGACUUAAACAAACCAAGUGUGCUAAUAGAGGGUAUUUUGUUUUUCCCGUUUUCUGUCUCUCCAUCGGCCCGUCAGUAGGCCCUUUUCAGGCCAGUCACUAGAGAAUGAUUGUUUUCGUAGAGGUCACACUUCAUAGGACGAUUGCUGUGGUAAGUACAGUGAAGCCUACUGUUUUCGAUUUAGUCACAGGUCAAGGUCACAUUGACGUCUAGAGUGAAACAAAAAGAAGUUUUCUCUCAAAUGACUAAUGAGUGACUCCCUACUUCUAGUAUAGUUCAAGAUAUUAGGAAUCAUAUAAAAUCAUAUUCGCAAGAGGACUUUAUCACCUUUUCCUAUCCUAUUAUUAUGUAUAUAUAUUGGAAAUUUCAAACAUCUUGUCGCCAGAAACUAAAUGAUUAUUAUCCACAGAUGUUCUUUUCGUGACCGUUUCGAAAGAAUUUUUCGAAUUAUCCAUGUGUCAAAAUAUCGCCACGAGAGUUAAAAACAAACAAAUUCAAACAUCAUCUAAAAACUGCCUGGCUGAUUUCAAAGUAAUUUCACAGGAAUGUUCCUUUAGCGGAUAAAUAAUGGCCACCCACCAGCGUCAUGGUCUCUUCGCCCGUUAUGUGUAUAUUGACAAUUUUACAAGUCUUUUUUCAGAAACUGUUGUGCCCAAGUUAAGAAUAAUUUGACAUAUAUGAGCCUACGGUGACUAUCCUCCAAAUUAUUAUGAGAUAAGAAACAUAAUUUUGCUUGACCAUAUACGUCCAGAAACUUGUCAGAAACUAGCGAUUACAUUUAAGAAUAAUUUAUUUAGUGUCGAUUAUUUAUUUUAAUUUUGUUUAUAAAACUAUAGCCACCAGACUAAGAAUAGAAAAUUCUUCAAGCGACAUGACCGCCUAAACCGUUGAUCUAUUUUGAAAAUAUUUUUGUUACUAUUUCUCGGGCGAUCCUCUACAAUACUAUUCAGAUAGGGGUUAAGCGUGGGGAAUUAAAAAAUAUUUAGCCCCAAUUGAAAUUGAAAUAACUUCACAAGAAUGUUUUUGAGUGACAUUCAACUAUGAUUGCUCACAUCAUUCUGAUCUGUCAAAAGAAAUGACCACCACUUUCCCCUAUAUGUUUAGAUUGGGAUAUUUAAUAAUAGCUUCUUGUAAAAAACUCAUUCAAUGGAUGUAACAGUUUCACAGAAAUGUUCAUUGGGUGAAGAUCUAUGAAGGAUGUGCACAAUAGCCCACUUUUUCAAAAGACAGUCCUGUCAGAUCUAAAAAUAAUCGUCAAAUGCUAUCUCUUUUUAAAUUGCUUGUUAGAUUUUAUUUCAAAGAAAUAUUCCUUUGGCAACUAAAACUGUUAAAAGCCAUUUUGAUUGGUCAAAAGAACAUUCAACAUGGGUUCAAGGAGUUGGUCUAGUUUACUCAAUUGAAGUUCUCUGGGUUUUUGAUGGAAAUUUUCUUGCUGUGAAACUUUGUGUAGGUUCAUUUAAUCCUUAUGUAUAUACUAUAUAUCUGCCUUAACAUAUAUCGUUUCACGCAUAUGUGUGUUUCAGAUUUAUAUGUCACUUUCCUUGCGAAAAUUAUAUCAUUGUUGGCUCCACAUACGUUACAUAAAACGCUCGGUAUUUCCAUAUUUUUUUCACUACUAUCUUAUCGCAAAACGUAUACUUCAUAUGUCUGUAUGAAUAAUUGAAUCGUUCAAAAAGUUAUGCUUUAAGUUACUUUGUUUUGGAUAUUUCAUUCCUUUGGCGUUUCAUUGUUUUACAGCCUUAAGUACUUCCACUUCAUUGCGUAUAAAUCACUAUAAUUUUACUCGAACGUUAUUUCGAUUCCAUGAUCAUUGCCUUCAAUCAAAGUGCAGCCUUUUUCAAUGCUGAUUUUAGAAAUUUCCAAAGAUCUCUUUCAUUGUGAAUUUCAUGGUUGCAAGUUUUAGUGUAAACGUUUGAGACGUAAGCAUGCAUUUACUGUUUUAUCUAUAAAUUUCUCCAGCGCCUUAAUUGCGACGUUAAUUCUGUUAAUGAUGAGCUCUGCUAAAUAGAGGCUUAAAAGGCGUGGACAGUAGCUUGCAUUUCCAAUACCAUUUAACAAGCUCAAUUAAACCGAGCCAGUUUCGUUUAUGCCAUGUUUGGCAGCAUGUGGUUUUCCACUUUUUCUAGUUUGAUGGAAAUAUGCAGCACUUUUAGAGAGCGGAUUAUGUUAGAACGUUCCGUGUUUUUGCCUGCGUCCAUGCACACAUACAACAUUGUGCAUACGUGCAUUCGUUUGUUCGUGUCCGGUCAAGAACUCUAGCGUUUAUGUUUAAACAGUAGAACAGCCCGAAAGUAAUUUUUGAAAUAAUAAGAUGAUGUGGAGCAUGCAAGAUUUAUUACUCUUUAUUUAAGGUUAAUGUCGCACUUAUUGUUCAAGUACAUCAAGUAAAUUUAUAUUGAUAACAUAUCUUAAUUGUUAUCAAGGCAUAUCAAAAGUAAUAAAACAAGAAUAAGAAUAAUUUACAAAUAGGUUGGUCUACGUGUUACAACGCACCAGGAUUUUAUUGUUCUUAUGCAUUAUGGUUUUGUUGCAAUUGCUCUUUGGUGUGAAGUUUAGAUCAAAUACGAAACUUUGUCAUCUUGGGUAAUAAUGAGGUGAUGGAAACUUUGCUUUCAUGACUGAUGUAUUUUUUCAGUGUUUUUCCGAAAUGUAUAUCACUGAGCGACAUUGCAGUAUCAUUACUAAAAAGCCGUAUCAUAUUUCGUAAAAUAUUUUCUGGUGGGGUGUACCCUAGACAGUCUUUCAAAACUUAUAUUCAUAAUGAUAUACUUCACAUAUACGGUACUUAUUUCAGAACGGUUAGCAUAUUUGUUUCUUGAAAAUUUCGUGGGGGCGAAGAUGUACCACCCAUUGUAAAUAAAAACAAUAAAAAAGGAGAACAUAACUGUUGUUUACCUUUACCUACACUUUGCAGAUAGAGGGCAUAUAACUCAAAUAUUUAUAAAGGAAAACAGAAUUAAAAGAAAUUUCAAGUCCUGCGUAUCACUAAGUAAAAUCAAAUUAUUGUCUUAACUGCGACUUGCGACAGAAAUUGAAGAGGAUAGAAAUUUAAUGAUAGAAACUUCCAAGUGCCCUUGGUGGGAUUUACAUCUACAAAGAAAUCAUCAUUUAUGAUGACCUUAAUGACAUUUUGGCAUAGAAAGUGCCAUUUUAGAAACUAGAUAAAGUAUGUAUCCCAGACGAGUUACGACGUUAAGCCGUAACGGAAUAAAAGAGGCCAAAUUUUUAUGAGGAAAAUCCCAAGUGCUUGAAGCGUGAUUCGAACUCGGGUUGCACGGGUGGAAUGCCGAUUCUUUAACCACUUACACUUUAACGCAGCUAUCAGAGAUUAGUUUUAAGCUUACAGGCUAUGAGUAAGUGAUCGUAACAAUCAGCCCUUGUUCUUACAUUUCGAUUACUCAUGUUGCCCUAUACAUUAUUCCGUCCUACCUUCACUAACAUUAUAUCUUCCCGUUACACAAUAAAGUGAUCGCCAUCGCUACUACAAGCAGCUGUUAUGUACUUUUAUUUCCCCAUUUUGCUUUUAUUUAUAAUUAUUUUGUAUUGAAUAAGCAUUGUUAUCUGUAAAGCUUGACCUAGUUUUGAGACACCAUGCUUGUUAUUUGUAUAAUAUAUAAUGUUCCAAAAUGUUCUACCACAUUUCUGAUAAACUGGGUGUUAUAAUAAUCUUUAAAGUCUGGAUUAUCCUUGGUUUUCCAGAAACGUCUUUCUUGGUGAUACAUUAAAUGUUCUGGGGCCUUCCGUGAUACUUAAUACAGGGAGUUGUCUGAGGACAUGGUAGAACCUAGACGAAGAAUAAAUUGAUUAGUUUUCCUAUAUUUCUAAACCAAACAACAUAGUACUAGUUUCGACAAGCAUUAAAGGAUUUACAUUAACAUUGUGGAUUUGAAAAAAAUAUCAUUGAAGAGAAGAUUUAUUUUCUUUGCUUAAGUAAGUACUAAAUUCAGAUUUGAACUGUUGUAAAAUAUUUUGGAAUCUAUACUGAUUUGACACAGAUUUGAUCAGGACAGGAAAUAACAUUUAGAAAUAUUUGAAAUGUACUUUUUUAAAUGAGUUUGUUAUUGUUCAUUGUUGCUUGUUUGUUUUUCUGUUAAUGUUGACUGUGUAUAUGCAUGUUAGUUUCAUAUUUCAGUCACCUUAACUACUCUAAAUAUUUAAGAUUCUUUGAUUGUCUACUUAAUCAUUGAUAACAUAUUACUACUGUACAUCAUAAAUGUGUAUUGUGUUGUAUUAUAUGACAUUCUCAUUGAUAUAUGAUAUUGGUCAUUGCAAUCGCAGUCUCUACUACAAGUAUCAUACAUCUUGUUGUGACAAUAAAUAUACAUAUCUAUUGUAAA